CAGCUGCCCACGGUUUCUUUUCAGGUUCCAAAAUGUCUCAAAAAGUAAAGGUAGCUGCGAUUGGUAUUGAUCUUGGAACGACAUACUCGUGUGCUGCUGUCUGGUUUGACAGAAAAAAGCGAGUGGAGGUCAUACCUAAUGAACAGGGAAACAAUAUCACCCCCUCCUGUGUAGCUUUCAAUGAUACAGACUUAUUGGUAGGAGAGGGAGCAAAGAACCAGAUUGCAAGGAGCUCUACCAACACGGUGUUUGAUGUGAAGCGUUUUAUCGGGUGCAGAUUCCAUGAUCCUCAAGCUAGUGGAAAAGGACAUGGAGUCGUGGCCGUUUAAGAUCGUUGAAGGGCCUGAGAGAAGCCAACUGUUGUAUGAGGGGAUUGACUUUUCCAUUAAAAUCAGUCGAGCCAAGUUCGAGGAACUAAAUUCAAGUUACUUUGAGAAAUGCAUUGAACUGGUGGAAAAAUGUUUGUUUGAUGGGGAGAUAGAGAAGAUGAACGUGGAUGAGGUGGUGGUUGUUGGGGGGUCCACUAGGAUUCCAAAGGUACAACGAUUGGUGGAGGAGUUUUUCGAUGGGAAGACAAUAUGCAAAAGCAUGAAUGGUGAUGAGGCUGUUGCUUUUGGUGCUGCAAUAUUGGCUGCAAAGUUAAGUGGAAAUAAUGAUAAUGUGGUGUGGGACACUGUGCUACAGGAUGUCACUCCUCUCUCACUGGGAAUCGAAGUGGAUAAUGAUCAUUAAAAAAAGUUAUAUGCUUGUAAUUAUUCCUAGGAACACGUCCGUACCCGCAAGCAAGAAAAAGAUAGUUUAUUCACCCAAAGGCUCAACAUUAGUAACUAUCUCGGUGUAUCAAGGAGAGCACAACAAAGUUAAGGACAACAUAUUACUUGGCAAGUUCAACCUUCGUGGCCUUACACCAGGUAUUAAUGGGCAGUCGCAACUAGAGGUUUGCUUCAAUGUAGAUGCUAAUGGAAUCCUUCAUGUGUCUGCACAGGAGAUAUCCACAGGUCAAACAAAAUCAAUUACGAUUGCUAGGAACUGAAAGUGAAAAUUAAUGGUUCCACAGGUUAAUGCAUUUUGAAGUGC